AUGGCGUGCAGAUGGGUUACCCAGGAGACUUUUGACGACAUUGUGCGUGAAAACAUGACAGAGUUUGAAAUGGAUCCAGAGGAAGCAUUGAAUGAUGCUAUCCAACAACUUGAGUCUCAAGGUACUUUUUGUGAAAGUUUGCUCAUGAAUAUAUAUGUGAACAAAUACACAGUUCCGUAGAACUUAGUAAAACUAUCUUCAUCCCCUAAAGUGUGUGUAAAUAACCGCUAAUUGAAGCGCCAAAAAUGCCCAGUUCCAGGUAAUGUUCCCAAAACCUAUGUUGUGCGAAACAGAUCUUGCUUUAUAAUCCAUGUAUGUCUCAAGGUACUUUUUGUGAAUGUUUGCUCAUGAAUAUAUAUGUGAACAAAUACACAGUUCCGUAGAACUUAGUAAAACUAUCUUCAUUCCCUAAAGUGUGUGUAAAUAACCGCUAAUUGAAGCGCCAAAAAUGCCCAGUUCCAGGUAAUGUUCCCAAAACCUAUGUUGUGCGAAACAGAUCUUGCUUUAUAAUCCAUGUAUUUUUUAUGUUGUUUGAUAAACACCUUCAAUGUUUGUAAAAUAUACUCUGAAUAUUUUGUCUGAAUAUAUAUAUAUGAUGUUUGGGUGGUCCAUGGCUGGUCAUUGGUAUAGUCAAAUUAAAACCCGUGCAUUGGCACAAAAAGCUGUUUUCAAAACAAGAACUAAAGCAUGCAGUAAAUUUGAGUUGGAAAUCUUAAAAAGUCAUAGCUGUAUCUGCCUACUUAGGUAUUCAGCAUGACCUUCCGGAAGAAGUGUGGAAACACAAACUUUCACAGCUGUAUUUUUCCAAGGCCUGCCUUUGAAGAUGUAGUUUAUCCAAAAACAGAAAGUUGUGAGUACAAACUUAAGAUCGACAAGUGCGGGAAAAAAAGGCCAAUAUAAAACAUCUUUAUUCCAUCUCAAACAAUUAAAUCUCAGUCACGAUGACAGAUUUUAUAAUGAUGGCUUGCUGACUCCUUUUUUUUUUUUUUUUUUUUAAACUUGUUCUCAAGUUUGUGGUGGCAAUUUUUUGUUUUAGGGUUUCCUUGCCGUGUUUGAAGCGGUGUGGGAGACCACAGUGUAAAUCUUGCGACACCCGUGGCCGUCAGAGCGUUGCCACGGGUUACCGUGCAGCACGCAGACCGUGAGAUUUACACUAGGAGCUGACAGGGAGCUGCAUGGAGGUGAAGGGAGCUGACCGGAGCUGCUACAAAGGUACGUAACAGCUUGCUGCCGGCUCCCCCCCUGCACAGCCCAUGCCACUGGACCACCAGGGAUUAAGAUAGCCCCCCUCCCUGACCAGGUAACAAGCAGGGAGGGGGGACAAAAAUAAAUAUUAAAUAAAAUUAAAAAAAAUAAUAAUAAUAAUAAAACCGCCCUCCCCUCCACCCAGUUCACACACACACACUACAUUAUAUACACACACACUCAUACAAACACACACUCUGCAUUAUAUACACACACACAUUCAUACAAACACACACUCUUCAUUAUAUACACACACUCUGCAUUAUAUACAGGAUUAUGUUCCAGGAUCUUACCUAGGUAAAAUCUGACAAAAUUAUAAAAAUCACAGAAUUUCAUAGCCCCAAGUUUUACCCUCGACUUAUCCACGAGGCAUAGCAUAUUUCACAAUUGUUGGUCACAAAACUGCACUCGACUUAUACACGAGUAUAUACGGUACUUUAAAAGUUUUUAUCUCCUGCUCUGUGAAUUAAGUUCUAUUUAUUUACAGGAGGCUCCAGCAGGAUCAAGCAAGCUUUGAGCAGAGCAGGAGAUAAGAAAUUCUAAAUUAAACAGAAUUUGCAAUACUGGAAGUGUUAACAUUAAAUGACUCUUUACAGGACGUUUGUAGGAAGGCUGUGUAAGUCACGUGUGUCACAAGGUGUGCCUAAGGCUGCAUAAACAAUUGUGAUUUAACUCCUAAAUGGCAGAAUAUGGAACAGUGAGACUGCAGGGGCAUUAUCUAUACAAACAAACUGCUUCAUUAAGCUAAAGUUGUUUUGUUGAAUAUAGUGUCCCUUUAAAUUUUGAUCUUUCCACAACUUUUUAAAGGAGCAGUCAAAACACUAUAAUCAAAAUAUUGUAGAUUUUAUGGUGCUAGUAGGUUCUGGGCACUGUCCUGAUACCAGGGUUUACUAAGGCACCUGUAGUUCGGCCCUGCUCGCCGUAUUGCUAGUGUAGACAUUCCACUUCUGCAUUAAUAGUAUCAACUUUGUCAAUAUUUCAACAGCACUGAUUGGUUGUGGUUAUGGUACGUUGACUAAACUUUGUAAACUGUUUUUCUCCUUUAAAUUAGGUGUUGAUUUGACCAACAUAGUUAAGGCUGUGCAGAAACCUUGUGGGGAAAAUGAAACUGAACCAAGUCAUGAUAUUCUGCAGGUUGGUAGAGGAAGCUAUGUAAAAUGCUGAAUUAAUUGAUUUAAAAACAAGUUCUGCAAAAAGGUAUUUGGAGCUCAUUGUCCUCUAAAUUUCUCCAGAUUAAAGCAACACUAUAGGGUCAGAAACACAAACACGUAUUCCUGACCCUAUAGUGUUAAAAUCACUAUCUUGCACGCCCUCCCCACCAUGCCCCCCUAAAUAUAUAAAAAUCUUAGCUUUAUUCCAGUCUGCUAUUGCUGGCGCUGUCCCUGAUUUGCCUCCUUGGCUGACAUCAUCAGAAGUGAUGAUUUCCUAUAGGAAAGCAUUGGAUUGGCUGAGAUGGUCAAUUCCGAUGAUCUCGGCCAAGGAGGCUGACCAAAAGCAUCUCUAUAGGGAAUGUUCAGAGUCUCUAGACAGAGGGUGGAGACACAAGACACUGGAGGUGACCCUAGGCCGUAAUGUAAACACUGCCUUAUCUGUGAAAAGACGGUGAUUGCUGCAAAAAUCCUGUAGGGACUGACUAUACUCACCAGAACAACUACAUUAAGCUGUAGUUGUUCUGGUGACUGUAGUGUCCCUUUAAACCCUCUUGAUUUUAUGAUCGCUGAAAAACCUAAUGGGAGGCAUAGGGGCUUGCAAACUCUAGUACAUGGUAUAUAGAACAACUUGGAAGAUGUUUCUUUGAAUUUUGCAAAUUUCCAAAAUUCAUACUGAAUUUUUUUUUUUUUGUAAAUCUCUUUUUAUUGAGGUUUUCAUAAACAAAAGUACAAAGAGGAAGGACAGUUGUACAUAUGGGACUCGCAGGUCCCCAGAAGUGAGUAGAGCAAGAGAAAAAAAAUAAAGAGAGAGAAAAAAUGAAUGGAAGAAAACCAUGUAAAACACAUGCAGUAGAAGUGAACGUGAUGUGUUUAAAAGCCUUUAUGUUCCUAGGCUAGUUGUAGCUCUCAGGUUUCCCAACAGUGAAUAAGUCAGCCAUCGUCCUGUCGCCCACGGUCUCUUCUGUGAUCUGACAGGGGAUGUAGCGUUCUGCUUCCUGACCAACCGUUAUUGUACAGCUAUAACUUGUAUUACGGUCUGCCCGUACCUGGGCAGAUGAGCUUUACCAAGCUCUAUAGCAUACAGCUCUUGUCCCUGUUCUCUAGUUGGAAGGCGUGGGUCUUUGGCAAUCUAAGGGGUAUGUAUCAGUGUAUGUUGGGGAACAUUUGGUAGUGUACUUUUUUGAAGUCUGCUGACGUAUGUGAUUACUUGUUGGUUGUGUGACUGUAGUGUGUGUAUUGAAUUCAUACUGAAAUUGGUCACUUUUAGGUCUGUCCCUUGAAAUAUUUGAGGGUAAAUUAUUUGAACUAUUUUACUACCUUUGGAUUUUAUUUCCUAUCUUACAGUAAUUGUUUCUACAUCUGAGAAUCUGAGAUAUGCCCCUCUAGGCAACAUAACCAGUGCAGUGGUGUGGAUGCAGUGGUCCUGUCAUUUUAAACCUAUAAUUUCAAACAGUGCAGUUUUCUUUUUGGAAACCACCUCUUCCUGACAUCCACUAGAUGCACUUCCUUCUUUAUACCGAAUAAAACUGAUAGCAGCAUUUCAUUGGAGGAGCCUUGUGUUUUUAUGAGACGCAUCAGAUUGCAUUACAUUUCCCUCCCUCCCCCAAUCAGACGACAUCAGCGGAGGCGAGUGAGCACUGUAAAGAUUUAUUAACCCUUACACAACCGGGAGGCAAAUACAAAUUUGUAUUCCUAGCACUAUAGUUUCUCUUUAACGCGGCACUGUCAUGCAGAACUUACCUUUCCCCCAAUCAAUUCCUCUUCUCUCCUUCUGUCAGGAUCUGUUCUUUAUUUCUUAAUGUCUGCUCUAGUUUUCUUUGAAAUCAUAAGACAAAGUAGGGACUAUUUGUCUUAUGGAGAUUUCCUACGCCUGACUAGCUAUGACCAGUAGAGGAGCAAAGUGUGCUUCCAACCGCCCAGGGGUGGGGGGGGGAGGGCAAUAUGUCCGUCCGUCCCCCUUAUUCUAAUUUAGGGGCCCCCCAUAUUGUUAUUUAGGGCCCCCACCUGCUGCGCGGGGAGGACAAUAGAUCCCCCUUAUUGUAAUUUAGGGCCCCCACAUGCUGCUCAUGGGGUGGGGGGGGAGGGCAAUAUGUCCGUCCGUCUCCCUUAUUCUAAUUUAGGGGCCCCCCCUCAUUGUUAUUUAGGGCCCCCACCUGCUGCUCGGGGAGGACAAUAGAUCCCCGCAUUUUUACUUAGGGCCGCCGCUCAUGGGUGGGAGCUGCGGGGGGGCGCGACGAUAGGUCCGCCCCAUUGUCAUUUUCGGAACGGGUGGGGGCUCGGGAGGGGGAAUACUGGGGUUGUUUUGUUUUUUUUAACAGUGAACAGCCACAGGCUGCUCACUGUUUAAUAGACAUGCCCCUGCUUGCGGUAUAGUGAGUUUAGAGAGAUUUCUUUGUUUUAUGUAGCUAUUGCAUAACCAUAAAAAAAAGAUAUAAUAAAUGUGGAUAGUUUUCUUGCUUAUCAAUUUCAUGUGCCUAUUUAUUUUUUAGCUCUUGCCUCAGAUAAUAAAUGAGUGGUAUUACAGGAUCUCUCAUGUAAAGGAACAUUACAUAACAGAUUUGAAUAACAUUGCAAAAAUGGUCUCGCUGGAGUUCAUAUACAUGAGACCCUUUUGAGUGGGCAUUAUCCAAAUGGUUGUUUACUGAUCUUGAUACACACAUUCAUUUGUUAUACUUAAAGGGAAACUAUAGUGCCAGGAAAACAAACUAGUUUUCCUGGCACUAUAGCUUCCCCUUCUGUCAAGGCCCACCCCAGUGAUGCAGAAAGGGUUAAUGAACACUUCUGUCACUUACCUGGCUCCAACGCUGAUGUCACUGGGCACUGGCUUUGCUUCGCCUACGCUCCUCCCCCGCUGGCGGGCAUCUGCAGGCAGGGGACACUUAAUGCGUAUGCGCAGCAAUGGCCGCGCUUGCAUUAGGAUUUCCCCAUAGGAAAGCAUUAUUCAUUAUUCAGCAUUAUUUCCUUUCCCAUGGGAAUCCCAGCUACGCUGGAAGUCCUCAUGCAUAGCGAGAGGACGUCCAGCGUCAUUUAGACAACCAGUAGGGACACUUUAUAUACCAAAACAACUUUAGGUUAAUGAAGCAGUUUUUGUAAAUAGAUCAUGACUCUGACGUUGCACUGCUCAAUUUACUGCCAUUUAGAAGUUAAACCACUUUUGUGUCUGUUUAUGCAGCCCUAGCCAGACCUCCACUGUCUGUGACUACACAAUCUGCAUGGAAACAAAAUAGUUUAAUUUCAAUCAGAUGUAACUUGUAAAAGUAUUAAUCUCCUGCUCUUUAAUUACAUGCAGGAGGCUCCUUUAGGGUCUAGCAAGCUAUUAAUAGAGUAGGACAUAAGAAAUUCUAAAUUAAACCAAAUCUGCUAUAAAGGAAGUGUAAACAUUAGAUGACUCUUUAUAGGAAGUGUUUAGGAAGGCUGUGUCCCAUGCAGGGAGAUGUGGCAAGAGUUGCAUAAACAAAGUGAUUUAACUACAAAAUGGCAGAGAAUUGAGCAGUGACACUGCAGGGACAUGAUCUACACACCAAAACUGCUUCAUUGAGCUAAAAUUUUUUGGUGACUAUAAUGUCCCAUUAACCCCAGCAGGUAAUUAUUGCAGUUUAUAACAACUGGAAUAAUGACAUGCUUGGGGUUAAGGGUGAUGGGAGUUUGCACCCAGACCACUUCAAUUUUGACAUAUUUAAAAAAUAAAUAAACACCAUUUAAGGCCCAUGGCAAAUAUCAAGAUGUGAUCUUAAAUUUUCUUACUACUUUUUUUUUUGUAUUCCUGAUAUUGUGCUGUAUUGCAGUCUGAUAUAAUUUAUUUUUAUUUUGGCUUGUUACCUUAAUUUAUAAUAUUGGCAGUAUUUCUACUGAUAAAUUUGUUUCAUUAACAGUCUUGUUCUAAAAUGCACUUUUUUUUUCUUUCAAUAAUAUCUUAAGAUUUUUUCUCUCUAUUAUUUUGGUACAAUGCUGUUGCGUGUACGUUGUAUUAAAUGCCACUCUUGCAUUGCAGACGCUUGGAUCCUUGAGAGACAGUGUGGAUUCAUCCUCUUUGAGCAGUGUUUCUGAGCUCCUCGUAAAGUUUGGGGACCAGUGCAAAGAAGGGAUGGCUCAUCGUUACUUAGCAGGACAGAAAUCAGCCUACCCCGUGGUGCUGUCCGCAUGGAAACUCUCAGAAGGAGACAGAGAGGCUCUGCUAAAUGCCCUGUAUGCCAUGUCCUGCCUCACUGAUGGGCAACCUGAUUUACUGGAACCUGUUGGACUGCAGAUGCUUAUUCAGGCUCUACAGAACCAUGCCAGUGAUGCUGAGGUUACACUGCUAGCUAUUCGCCUUACACGCCAUGUGUGCCUGAAGCAUGAACAAAAUAGGCAAAACCUUGUUAAGGCAGGGAUUCUAGGACACCUAACUACAGCCAUAGUCAACCAUGUUUCAGACCCAGAUGUGGUGCGUGAGAGUUGCUCUGCUCUGAAAAUUAUGACUUUUGAUGAUGACAUCAGGGUUCCUUUUGGCCAUGCCCAUGAACACGCCAAGAUGAUUGUUAUGGAUCAAGGAGGCCUGAAGCUUUUAAUACAAGCUGCACAAGGUAGAAUGUUAUAUACGUUAAGACCAUUUACUUGUUUUGUGUUUACCUGUUCUGAAAGAAUUCUAUAAGUUGUACACACUCAGCUGUAAAUCAGACCGCCAGGAAGUGCUCUGCUUGUUUGCUUUGUGCUGCGGCGCAAAGACAAAAUCCUGAUGAAUAUUAUUAUUAUUUUUAAAACAUCUCCCAAGUGCAUGUUUUAUGUUUUUGUGCUGUUGUCAGGUGUACUGUAGGCCAUGUCCAUGAAAGUACACAAAUUACAAACACGCACAGUUUAUUACUAGGGAUCAACUGAUAUUGAUUUUUUUAGAGCCGAUACCGAUAAUCUGAACUUUCAGGCUGAUAGUCGAUAACUUACCAAUACCGAUAUUCUGUACAUUUACCGUUUUGAAAAAAAAAAAGUUUUACACAUAUCUACUAUUAACCGAACAUAUUUAUUUUAAUUUUUUUGCAAAUUUUUUUUUAUUACGGUAAAUGCACAAAAUAUACAUGCCAGUCAGAAUUAUUUAUGUUUUCAAGAAUAUUUGUGUGUGUGUAGUGGAUGCAGUGUGUGUUUGUGUAGUGGAUGCAGUGUGUGUGUGUGUGUUUGUGUAGUGGAAGCAGUGUGUGUGUGUUUGUGUAGUGGAAGCAGUGUGUGUGUUUGCGUAGUGGAAGCAGUGUGUGUGUGUUUGCGUAGUGGAAGCUGUGUGUAAAUAUGUGGGGUAGGAAUCUGGGGUAGAUGGGUGAGCAGGGGCACUGGGGUAGCUGGGGAGCAUGGGGCACUAUGGUAGUAGGGGCACUUGGGUGGAUGGUGUUGUAGGGGCGCUGGGCUAGAUAGAUGGGGAACACGGACUCCUUCUAGCUUACCCCACACUUACCAGUUUGGGCCACAUUUAGCCCCUCUAAGCUUCGCCCAGCCACAUGCUAAGUUUUUUUUUCUUUCUUGACUUAUAUUGGCAUAAAAGUGCUCAUGUACAGACAUACAUACACGGAAGUGCAUUCAUGAAAAGGCACACACUUUCAUGUACAGAGUUGCAGCAAAUUAAAUCCGGAGCUGUUAAUCAAAGCUUCAGGUACAUUUUAUUCAGAGGUAAAGCAGCAAAACAAUCACAAACUGCUAUAUGUAUGACGACAUUAUAAAGCUAAUUAUAAACUUCACUGGCUGGCCUUGUCAAAUGUAAAAAAAAAAAUUUACACUUGUGUCAUUGGCCAUAUUUUUUCCUGUCAGUUUUGAGUACAAAUUUGAAUAACACAAUGCUUAUUAAGUGAAAAACAACAUUACACAUUGCAUUAGUCUCAUCACCGCCUAAAUAAAUGCACAAGUAAUGCCAAUGCAGCCCACAAUAACAAACCUCCACAUUUGUGAAAUGAUUUAUAAACAUAUGGCAUCUAUCUUAUUAUUGCUUUUAAAUUAAGUCAGUGUCACAGGCUAGGAGGUAAAGAGGAACCCUCUGGAAAAAAAGUUCUGUGAGCAGUGUGCUCUUAACUUUUCUCAAAAUCUGUGUUUUUAUGGUAAACAUAGCAGCUAUACAAAAAUAUUUUGUAACAUUAUUGCAGCAAAAAUAUUACUAUGUAUUGAGAAAACAAAAAGGUAUAAAUUCUGUAAGACUAGAACACUUAUUAAAGCACAGCUGUUGCUAGGGUUUUUUAAAAUUAUUAUUAUUAUUAGAAUCCUUUCAGCAUGUAACUAAAAGAUAUGGCAUAUUUCUUUUAAUUAAAUGUAUGUAAUAUACUCCUACUUUCACAGAACACUAGAUCCCUCUGCCAUAUUCAUACACCUUCGGUAGAAGUAAGGUAGAAUCUGACUGUUUGGCUCCUUCUUCACUCCCUGCACAGAGCUGUGACAUCAUCAGUCAUCGCCCUGUGUAGGUUUUUAAGCAGGGCAGAGCUGCUGUAGAGUCUGGUCCAACCGAUUCUGUAACAUUGGUCCGGAUGAGGAAAUCACAGAUUUUCCAGAAUCAUCCAUACCAAUCUACAGAACCGGAAUCGCAAACUGUCAUUCAUUGCUAUUUGCAAGUAAGUGAUAAAUUGAAGAACUGUUUGUCCACUGACAGCACUAGCAGCCAGUGCGUAACUAGUUAUAACCCCUAUAGCACAAGGGUUAAUUAUUUGAUGGCUUUCCAGCACUUGUUAAUCAGCCGCCAGAUGGAAAAACAAAAAAUAAAUAAAAUAUUAGUACAUAAAAAUCCUUUGAGGGUCAGGACCCCAUAUUUCUACAAUGGAAGUAUUUCCCCCACAAUUCCUUUUUUGUGUAUUCAACAUCUCCAUGACUAUGUGCAUCCUUUUGAAAGCUCUAAUAAAAGGCAAAUUUUAAUAUAGUUAAACCAGAGCAGGGGACAUGUAGGGAAGAAAGUGAAAACAUGUUGCAGUUGUCUGUUAAAAAUCAUUAUUAAGCACCCCCUGGAGGUAAUUAUAGGCACUACAUUCAGGAAACAAGCAUCUAGAACAGGGAUAGGCAACCUUCGGCACUCCAGCUGUUUUGGACUACAUCCCCCAUAAUGCUCUUACACCCAUAAUGUUGGCAAAGCAUCAUGGGAGGUGUAGUCCAAAACAUCUGGAGUGGCGAAGGUUGCCUAUGCCUGAUCUAGAACUAAAAGAAUCCUUUGUAGUAGUUGAGUGCAACACUAGCCUAUCAGGUUGUCUGUAUACAGGCCAAGUCUGUUUAAGUUAUGUAAUAUUACUACACUAAAAAUACAUCCUUUUGGCAAUCAGGUCUGAAAGCAUACCAUGAAGAGUGGAGUGCAUUUAUGAAGUAUAUUUUUGCAAGAUAACACGAAAAUGAAGCAAAGUACAAAUAAAAUAUAAUAAAUGAGUCAGUAAAAGUAGUGCUGCAUAAUACACUGUAAAUGGAAGAACAAAUGGACAUAUUUAGCAUAUGUAGAAAGGUGAAUCUAACAGCAUCUUCUAGGUCUGAAACGGUUGGGUUGGGUGGAGAGAGCCUGCAUCUGGGAAGAGGAAAUAGAUGGAUAUUAUAUCACUCUAAGAUCAUUGGUCUACUACAAGUAUGAGUGAGAUAUGGAGAAAGGAUUGGAAGUAUAUUUAACAUGUCGACAUGAUACCCAUGUGUAUAAGCAUUUGGCAUAGUGCUUAUCUCAGGAGGACGAGCUAGAAUCUGUUAUAGUAGUAAGAAAAGAACACUUACAAAAUCUGGGGAUCUGUAUGGGAAGAGAAAAACUUGUAAUGAGUCAAAUCAAAGUUGCUUUGUGUUCCCAGUAUUGGACAGUUUUAAGGCUGUCAGGGUCUUACCUGAUGUGGAGUCUGGUAUGCAGAGAUAUAUGCUUACCCUUGCAAAUAAACACAGACCAAGGUGGUCAGGUAAGAAUUCAACUGGCCUGUGAGUCUGCACUGGGUCUGUGCAGGGAUAUACUCCAAGUCGCAGUAAAGGCAAGGACAAACAGAAGAGUAAUCAUGGAAAGCCAGAGUUCAGAGAAAUCGAAAAAACAAGCCAAGGUCAAAAUCCGGAAUCAGUCUGAAGAACACUGGAUCAGGAUACGAAAACAGGAACCAAACUGCAGAACCAGAGUCAAUGAACUGACACUGCCCUCAGGGAGAGGCAGUGUCUUAUACCUGGCUAAUGGGUGAUAAUCUACAGGUUGACCAUUAUUGACAGGAGCAGUCACAGGUUAAGUCCAGCCCCCAGUGCUUGAGACAUGGCAAGGAUAAGCUUCAGGCUAAAUCAAGAACUGAAGUGGCUCAGAUGCAGGAACACAGGCUUAGAACCACAAAGUACCCGGGUUCAAAUACCCUGUUGGACACUUCUGGGGCGACCUCGUCUGGCCGUCUGGAUGGCACGGUGAGAACCGUGAUAAAGGCAUGUGCACCAAGUGUGGUGGAUUGACCUUGUAUUUUAAUUGCAUCUUCAGCAAAUAGUACUGGAAAGGGAAACUAACAUGUUUUUAGUGAAAUUUUAGUGAAAAUGCAUGUUAGACCCUCUUUUGGAGGUAUUAAAGUAGCAAUUUAUCAACUAACAAUGUGACCAGUAGCCAAAGAAUUUCUGCUCGAGUUGUUAAAUUAGUACAUUGAAUUUGUAUUUCCCCUAGGUUGUGCAUGGCACCAGCGCUGGUUAUCCAUUGCAGCUCAUGGCUGCUCUCCAUGAUAAUUUGGAAUUUUGUACAAAGAUAAUGGGAUAUGUAGUCAGAAAAAUACACAUACAUUUAAUUAAAUUAUUUUAUAGGACGUUCCCUGAGCUUACUUUGUCAUCUUGUAAAAUCUGUCUGAUGAUAAAGAAAAAAGGGAAGGGGGAAUGAAAAUAUGAGAGAAACUUAAUUUAUUUCAAAGGAUAUGUUUUUUUGUUCCUCCCAGUGAACUUAAUUUACUUAUUUAUUUUGGUUUGUAUAUUUAUUUUAUUUACUGUCGGUUUGAUUGAAAGAUAUGAUGUGUUGUUCUACGCAUUUCUUAUAUAUUUGAAAAUGUCUUAAAAUGUAUCAAGUAUGCAACAUGUUUAGAAAAUUGCUGAUGUCCAUAGAUACACUAGUACUUUUAGAUUUUAGAUACAUUUUACAUUAAUCGCAUAGCUUUUCUUUAUACCUAUAUGCAAAAUGGCCACCCAUGUAAGGGUGUUAAUCUAUUCUGUUGUGUCCUGGUAAAGGAAAGAUAUGCCUAUUUGAGUUUCACAGAAAGUGUCUCACUCUCUAACCUUUGUAACCCACAGGAUUCACAGAUAAUUCCAGUGUCCUAAGUGAAAUUUGUGGAACUAUCUCCCGUCUCUGUGUUCGGAAUGAGUUUUGCCAAGAUGUGGUCGAUCUUGGUGGACUGAAUUUCAUGGUGGCCCUUUUAGCUGACUGCAUUGAUCAGCAGGUAAUGUUGUGGCAUUCUGCUUACUGUAUUACAUCUUUGAGCCUUUAACGUUUCCUACAGUCAAACCUCUGCAUUAAAGGACCACUAUAGGCACCCAGACCUUAAUAAAAUGGUCUGGGUGCCAGGUCCUUCUAGGGUUAACCCUUUUUUUUUUUAUAAACAUAGCAGUUUCAGAGAAACUGCUAUGUUUAUAAAUUGGUUAAUCCAGCCUCUAAAGCCUCUAGUGGCUGUCUCAUUGACAGCCGCUAGAGGCGCUUGCGUGCUUCUCACUGUGAAAAUCACAGUGAGAAGACGCAAGCGUCCAUAGGAAAGCAUUAUGAAUGCUUUCCUAUGAGACUGGCUGAAUGCACGCGCAGCUCCUGCCGCGCAUGCGCAUUCAGCCGGAGAGGCGGAGGAGAGCUCCCCGCCCGGCGCUGAAGAAAGAGGUACGUUUAACCCCUUCCUCUACCUAGAGCCCGGCGGGAGGGGGUCCCUGAGGGAGAGGGCACUAUAGUGCCAGAAAAACGAGUAUGAUGGUGAGGCUGAUUUAAAGCAUUCUUUCAGUUUUCCUUUCCUUGUACCCCAUUGUAUCUUAAGGAUCACGCUCCUAUAAUUGCCUUUUUAUUUAUUAUCUUUUUUUUCCUUGCACUGAGUCGCAAUAAUCUGGUUGCUGCCAGUUUAUUCUCUGUCCAUGAUAUCUGCAGUUUGACCUUCUGUGAGAUUAUUUUCUAUUGCAGGUAAAUUAGUUUGGCAACAGAAUUGCAACAUUGGUUAUCAUGGCUGUGUCACCUCAAAUGUGUCUUUCUUCUAUUGUUUACUUUGUUAUUCCUCUGUCAGAAUCUGUAAUAUUUUUUUUCUUAAUUUCUGAUUUAUUUCUGUUUAAAACACAAGACAAAGUAUUUUUCAUACUGUUGACAAUCUUGACAAGGGGUUGAGAUUAAAGGAGCACUAUACACAAACAUGCAUUCCUGACCCUAUAGUGUUAAAACUACCAUUUAGUUGAAUUGCCCUCUUAAAAAUGGUUAAAACGUAUCUUAUUUCCAGCCCUCCACGGUUCUGCAGACGCAGGCCCUGCCCCUAAUCCGCCUUGUUGGCUUACAUCCUCAGAUUUGAUGAUCUCCCACAGGGACAGCAUUGGGUAGGCUGAGAUUGCCAAGGAGGCAGGCGGGAGCAGGGCCAAACGCCGCCAUGGCCAAUCUGCAACUUGCAUCAAUGCAUCUCUAUGAAGAAAGUUAAUUGUCUCCAUGCAGAGCAUGGAGACGCUGAACGUCAGUGCUGCCCACUCUGUGUUCAUUUUCAGAUCACUGGCCAUGGUUUAAAUUCUGUUUUGAUUAUCUGAAAGCACUGCAUCUGCAUCUCUUAUACUAAAGAACAAAUUCUGUUUGGCAAUUAAUUAUAAAAUAGGUUUUUAAAUGUGUUUUCCAAUAUACUCUUACUUUACGGACUACCUGUUUACUUUUAUAUUCUUUUUUUGAAUCUCAGGAACUUGUAAAGCAGGUACUGAGUGCCAUCAGAGCCCUAGCUGGGAACGACGAUGUGAAAGAUGCUAUUGUGAGCACGGGUGGGACUGACCUAAUUGUCCUGGCACUUUCACGACACCUCUCCAAUGCUCAGGUAAAUUGCUUGACCUAUGACUUAACAAUUACAGGGUUAAUAACCAAAGUGAGAAUUGUGUGGAAUUCAAAAUUAAUUUCAAAUGUAAGGCCAGAAUAGCAAAACUGGAAGCAUAGGUGACUUGAGGAAAUUUUCCAGUUCAGCUAUUUGGCCUUAAUUCACUCUGAAUCUACUUUGACUUUCCAACAAUUCUCACUUUAGUGAAGAGCCCUGUUAGUAUGUAGUAAGUAUCCGUAUCUUUGUGUACAAACGCAUUUCCAUUGAAAGAAUGUUGCUUUUGUUAAUAACACCUGAUAAAAUCAUGCAGAUUUACCUGGAGAAGAUGAUAACCCACCAGAUAAGUUGUGAGUUGGUGAGUGAUAAUACGUGGUACAAUAUCCCAAAAGCUGUUAGUGUGCAGAAAAUCUCUUGGUUUGCUGGUUAAAUGUAUCUUUAUUUAUAUGUUUUUCCUCUAAAAACACUGAUUCCGUGAAAGAAAUACUUGAGGUUACAAUCAGGUUACAAAAUGGAACAUGCCUCUUUAAGAAACCAGGAGGUAUUUUGCACAGAAUUACCUAAUAUUUUACUUGCAAGGUUAAGUAAUAAAAAAAACAACACCCCCCCAACACCUACGGUUGCUGUCUCUUUUGUGCAAAGAAGAUCAACCAGCAUUUCAGUUCUUGACUGUCGUUGUGGGUGUGUUCUGAUAUGCAGAUGGCAUUGGUUUACUCUGUAAAGCAGUGGGAACAAACUGUAGAGUAGGCUAUUAUUUUUCAGACAUUUUCCAUGUUCUUUUACACACUGGUUUGGUAUAUACAUUUAUUUGCUCGAAAUAUUCUGAGUGAAUGUAAACAUUAAAGUGAGAACCCUUUUCAUUGUGCAUGUGAUGUGACAUGCGUACACUACAUGCAAAGUAUGGAUAGAACUGAUAUAAGGUAAUACAGAACAACAUUUUUCAAAUCCCAAAUUGCCAACCUUUGUGGGCUUUCUUAAUAAGACAGCAAUUUUUACAAAUUGACAUGAGUUUGGAUUCCAGGUCUUCUUGCACAAAUGACAUGGACCAUUUAAGUGUAGCAAUUUAUAUUCUAAUUUUGGACUUCAGGAUCAUGGAGUAAAUAUAUUAUGUAAAUGUGGACUUUACUCUACCACACUGGGAGUAGUUUGAUAGUUGUAGAAUACAAGUUGAGUAUUUUGGAAAUUCAAGUUUAAAUUUAGGGUGUGACUUCCUAGUCAUCUGGUAGUGGCCCAAGAUUGUGGAAACAAAAGGAUGUUUUGGGUGAAUAUUGGCAUGCAAGAGUGAAAAUUGUUUGCAGAAGGAAGCCUGUUACAAUGAUAAAGCCCUUAUUUUCUUCCUAUCUCUUUGUAAGUUGGAAGUGUUGCAUUGUUAAGUAUAUAUGCUAGUAAAAUCCAUUUCUUCCCUUGCAUUUUUCUAAUCCGAAUGUUUGAUUUAUUGUUACACUGAAACGUAGACAAUAGUUAAAUUGCAAAAGUAGAAAGGGGCAUUCACAUAUUAAUAAAUCUCUAUCAAGAUAUGAUUGUCCUGUUACGAUAAUGUGGAAAAGGUAGAUUGAUACAUUGCUUUAUAAAAUAGCUAGGCACUGUCAAUAAACAUUUUAGAAGACAUCACACUAUUUAUUUGAUGCUUGAGAAAUCAUAAAAUCUAGGAGACAGAAUCCGCCUAUACAAUAAAUUGUAGCUACAACAAAUUAUUAAAGGACCACUCUAGGCACCCAGACCACUUCAGCUUAAUGAAGUGGUCUGGGUGCCUGGUCCAGCUAGGGUUAACCCAUUUUUUCAUAAACAUAGCAGUUUCAGAGAAACUGCUAUGUUUAUGAAUGGGUUAAGCCUUCCCCUAUUUCCUCUAGUGGCUGUCUCAUUGACAGCCACUAGAGGCGCUUGCGUGCUUCUCACUGUGAUUUUCACAGUGAGAGCACGCCAGCGUCCAUAGGAAAGCAUUAUGAAUGCUUUCCUAUGUGACCGGCUGAAUGCGUGCACAGCUCUUGCCGCGCGUGCGCAUACAGCCGACGGGAGGAGAAGAGGAGGAUCGGAGGAGGAGAGCUCUCCGCCCAGCGGUGGAAAAAGGUAAGUUUUACCCCUUUCCAGAGCCGGGCGGGAGGGGGUCCCUGAGGGUGGGGGCACCCUCAGGGCACUAUAGUGCCAGGAAAACGAGUAUGUUUUCCUGGCACUAUAGUGGUCCUUUAAGUUUAUCCCUGCAAGUGCGCUGUCUUUGCACCAUACUUGAUUCUGGCCUCACCUUUAAGCCUCACAUCUAGUAAGUUGCCAAAUCCAGUAGAUUCCAUCUUAAAAACAUAGCCCGCAUCUGCCCCUUUCUUACACAAAAUGCUACCAAGGAGUUUGCCCAUGCUCUAGUAAUUUCCUGCGUGGAUUAUUGUAACCCUCUCCUAAUUGGUCUUCCCAAAAACCGUAUUGUCCCACUACAGUCUGUAAUGAAUGCUGCCACCAGACUGAUUUUCCUCUCUAGUCUGUCAUCUCACACCUUACCCCGCUGUCAGUCCUUAGAUUGGAUUCCUGUAUCCUAUAUGAGUCAAUUCAAAGUGCUAACCCAUACCUAGAGGGCACUGACCAAUUCUAGCCCUUAUUAUUUCAUAACAGAUCCAUAGGUAUGCCCCCUCUAGGUCUCUCCGCUCUGGCCGUGACCUUUUCCUGUCCGCUGCAGGACUUCUUGCGGGCGGCUCCAUUCCUAUGGAAUAGCCUGCCUACCGUCAUCAGACUCUACCCUAGUCUUCAAUUGUUUAAGAAGUGCCUUAAAACCCAUCUCUUUAGGAAAGUUUAUGGCCUCCCAAAGUAACCUUAACCUCACAUACCUGUCUCUUGUUCUCUCAUAAAAGGCAGCACUUUACUCUAUCCUCCGGCUCUGCUACACUCCCACCUUAUUUGAUUGCUAUUUCCUGUCCUAAUGUGUUUUAUACCCCACCUCCUAUAGAAUGUAAGCUCGUUUGAGCUGGGUCCUCUUCAACCUAUCGCUCCUGUAAGUUUUCUUGUAAUUGUCCUAUUUAUAGUUCAAUCCCCCCUUCUAAUAAUAUUGUAAAGCGCUACGGAAUCUGUUGGCGCUAUAUAAAUUGCAAUAAUAAUAAUAAAAUUAUAUUCUUUAAUGCGCAAAUGAUGCAACAAAAUGUGCUCAUUAUUUCUUAGUUACAGGAGUAUAACACAGAAUAAACACUACUGCCCAUUGUUUAGAGUGCCAGGAGUACCCCGAUGCCCCCUCCGACUCUCCCAGUGUAAGUAGUCAAACCAUUUCCAAAUGGUGCCAUGUACUAUGUAAAUCGCCAGCAGGUGUAUAGAAAGAUCUCGCCAAACGCCAAAAGUAAUUCAGCAUGGUGAGAUGCAAUAAGGGUUAGUGUCCCUUCUAAAAGUGCUGAUUUCAAUAAAUAUUAGCACUUUGAUAAAGCUUCUAGUUUUCACCCUCACAGCUGUUAAUCAGACAGCAACAAUAAGAAGGGGGCUCUUCAUCUCAAGUUUUUAGAACUCAAUCAAAGCAGGGGUUAGUCUUCUCAAAGAGAAACAUUGAAUUCAGUACUUCUACAUGAGAAGCAUUGAUGCACAGCUCAGCAAUGCUCCAGCAAUAUAAAUAAAAGUUGUUUAACUUAAGGACCAAACUUCUGAAAUAAAAGGGAAUCAUGACAUGUCACACAUGUCAUGUGUCCUUAAGGGGUUAAUAGUGAUUCUAAUACAUAUAUAUAAAUCAUGUUUGACAAACCUAUUACUUUCAAUAAAAUACCCGUGCAGAGUUGGGGGAGGGGGGCUGCCUAAGUAACAUGUGCUGGGGCUGCACUUUAAAUGGGGAAUUACAAUUUCAUAGAAGAAUAACACCAUCUGCUGGGUUUCAGAAAAUCUCAUGAGCAUUAGAUUACUAAUCUCCUACUAAACUUAUUUAUUUAUUUUUUUGAGUAGGAACAGAUUGGUUACUCAAACUUUCCCAAUCUUUUGAACUGAACAAUACAUAGUGGGGCUGGCUGUUUCUACCCACACAGUCUGAUUCUACUCUUGGGCAUCUGCUAUUAAGAUCUGUAUCUGCACCCACGCUUCUUUUGUUAAAAAAAAAAAAAAAUAGUGGUGAGGAAGGAUUUAGGUAUUUUGUAGUGCUUAUCCUUUAACAUUGGUAGGUUUCAAUACAUAACACUGAUUUAUCUACUGCUCAGCACCCACAAUAUUGUUACUCAUCUGCUGAGCUUUAACACAAUUCUUUCCAUUUGCAUAGAACAAUAAUGAUUGUUUAAAAAUUAAUCAUUAUUACUAAUAAUAAUAAUGAACAAUUUAAUAAUAAAACCAUGCCCAGCCGGGGAAUUAUUAGGCUGACAUUAACUUUUCUUGUCAAGAAGUUUGUGAUGAUUCUUUGGAAACUUGGUAUCUAUGAACUGCAAUCACUUUAUGUGCUAGCUAUUCAGCUCAAGAAAAUUAAAGUUUGACAAUCUUAAGUUUGCAUUUACUUGUUCAUGCUUUACAGAAAUAUUAUUUUUGUUCUUGGGAAAAGGGUGACAAAACCAGUACAUACAGUAUGUUUUAUCUUGACAUAUUUUGCUUUUGUGAAUUUCUAAAGAAGAUUUUGAUAUUUCUAGGAUUGCAGCUUCCCCAACAAAUGUCCCAAAAUUCUCAAUAUAAUGUGUCAGCUACCCAAACAUCUGCACUAUAUAGGGUAUUGUAGACUGCUAUUGCAGCCUGCAAACAUGUCCUGGAUCAGAGCGGGCUUCUCCUUCUAAAUGCAGAAAAAUAGGUAAUGCCCAGGUAGAAAAGUAUGUUUCCGUGCUUGUGAAGCUCAGCUCUGGAAAGGAAGGUAGCUUGGGGGGCUCUUUAUCUUUUUCCAUUGCUUUAAAAAUAAAUCCUGAUGCUAUAAUUGAGUAGCUAUUUAUUCGCUGUGCCCAUUAUGAAGUAGAAACUUCGUAGUCAUCGUACGCUAUGUACUGCUUCUCUCCCUGCCUCUCUCACAGCUAAUGAGCUGUCAAGAUGUGAUGACAGCCCUGGAACUCAGCCAGUAAGGAGAGAGUAGUCUCUCAGUGGGCAGGCUCAUCUUAUUAUUUUAGUGUAGUGAGAGACAUUUAUUUUUAAAAUUGCAAACACUGGCCAUUGUUUUUAGGAACGGAUAUAGGUUCCAGGCAAAAGAUUAUUUGUAUUUCAAUCAUUUUGUCUUUUAUAUAAACUUGUGAGCAGUGCUUUUCAGUAGUACUCAAUCAGUUAAAGUGAUCAUUUACAUUUUAUUUAAUUUUUUUUUUAAUUCUUUAUUUUUAUUGUGCACAAGAUAACAUAAAAGCUGACGAUGCCACAACAGCAUAGUACAAGCCCAUUAAAACAAGAUUAUUCUCAUAGAUGGCAUAGGAUUAUUGGCACAUUUUUGUAUUUUUUGAGGAUAAACAUACAUCGAGUUGUAAGCUACCAAAGUGACAAGCAGUAACAUCAGCAAACUUAACGUAGUGGGUUUUGUGAGAGUAACUUAAUAAAAUGCAUAUUCUAACAGCAUGGCUGGUCUGAAUAGUGCUACACAGCUAACUGGUCUGAAAUAGGCAUUGAGGUGGCAUGUUAUGCUCCCUGAGCGUUAUGCUAAGCCUAUUAUAAUUGAAUGAUUACAUCUAGUAAGAUAAGUUUUUCCUUAGUAAAAGCCACUGGGUCUCCUUGUUUCAGGCAUCCCCCACUCUGCUAAGUUAAGUGUUUAGUACAUGGCUCCAGGUAUUCCGCCAUCAGGCGGUUUUGGUAGUCCCACCGCAUGUUCCCGCUACCAGCUUGGUCAGUUGUGAGGUUCAGUCCCAUAAUGUGUGGAAGUUGGUUUGUGCCGCUCCGCCAGCCCUAAAUCACACCUUGGAUCCAGAUCCUGCGCUGUCGGAGCUGGUGCAGGUUCGACCUCGAGAUCACUGAGGGGGUUAAAUCUUCGUGCUGUGAGGUGAUACUCUGCACGGCUCACGGAGUUGUGGUUUGCGUGUCGGGCGACAGCUCUGACUGUUGGGAGUUGGAACGUGAGUGUCUUAGAGUUUGACACCUGCUCUCUGUGGCAUAGAUGUGGUAGGUGUACUAGGAGUGGGCGCCGUUCCGGCUUUAGUGUGGUGUCGGUUUCGGGCACGGUCUGCCGCCAUGUUGUUGUAGACUGCUGGGUAGGCCCUUGUUGUAGUGCAGCUUCAGACUCUCCAGUGGAGGCCGGGUUAACCCCCACCGCACCAAAGAGAAGGUGUGUGGCAUCAGAAGAGAGGGGGAGAGCGGGACAAGUAAACGACAAAGUCUUAGAUCACCCCUGCGGGCUCCAAAACUCCCAAUCUCAGAGUCCACUGCGUUGUCCAAUGUCGUGUACCAGCUGCAGGUAGAUUUUUUUUUUUACUUGGAUUGUGUGUUUAAGUUGUGUUUUUCAGCCAGAUUGACAGAGUGCCUCAGGAGCUUCUCCUACAUGCGACCAGUCAGCAUGGCGGCCCGGCCCCGACCCCAUUUAAAUUUUAAAAAGUAGAAACAUAGAUAGAAACAUAGAAUGUGACGGCAGAUAAGAACCAUUCGGCCCAUCUAGUCUGCCCAAUUUUCGAAAUACUUUCAUUAGUCCCUAGGCUUAUCUUAUAGUUAGGAUAGCCUUAUGCCUAUCCCACGCAUGCUUAAACUCCUUUACUGUGUUAUUUUGACUUUAGGCACUAGACAUGUAAUUAUUGUAAUCUCCCUACAGAUCUGCGAUCAGGGUUGUUCUGCUCUAGCAAUGCUCGCUCUACGUAAACCUGAAAACUGUAGAGUGAUCAUGGAAGGCGGUGGAGUACUGGUUGCACUCCAAGCAAUGAAGAUACAUCCACAGAGUUCAUCUGUCCAGGUAACCCAAGUCAAGUAAUUCGACAAGUGUUAUCUUAUUUGUAUUGUUACAAUUUUAAUCAAUGGAUGUUCACUCACUGUACAAAUGUCUUAUUCUUACACAACUUCUGAUAGUAUACCUGUGCCGGUUUUGUUGCUGGAGGGCCUCUAAGGACAUUCUUGUUUGACAGCCCCACCUUAUUUUGCAAUCUCUCCUCUACUACAGUGUUUAUCUGCCUGGUUUGCCAGUGAUUCAGAGAAUAGAAAUCGUGCCAAAAAAACACAGGAGAUUCUAAGUAAAUUCAGUCUUAAUGCUGUCACGAGACGCACACUGCCAGCUGCAAGUUAGAAAGACACUACAAGCACCAUAACAGUUUAAGCUCCUUGCAUGUGUUAGCAUGCAGGAAGGUUGCAUGUCCCUGUAUCCACGCACACAAUUGCUCGUAACUACAUGAGUGUUCUACAGUCACUGCAGCUACAUCACUGCUAUUCCUUCUGUACCCAACGUCAGAGGAAUACUUGAUAUAACGGAUGUUAUUUACAUAUGUACUGUAUAUUGUGUGAUUACUUAGCUCUCAUGUAGAUAACAGCUGUUCCAGAUUCACAGAAUAACUUAGUUUCCCUCCAGGUUAGAGGCAGUGCAGUAUAACAGGAAUAUCCACCAACACUUGACAGGGAUACAGGCAGACAAUUAGAUAGAUUUAAAAAAGUUAUGCUGCUCCUCAUUCCCAUCACCACAUAGUAUACAACCUUACACAAACCCCAAAAUCCCAGUUCUCUGCAUGCCUUAGACAGGAAAGGUAGGCACUCACGUUCAUGUUUUUUUUCCUCUGUUGAAGGUGAGGAGGCUGUGGCCAAGGGGGGCUCUGCUUAGGCUGGGUAAAGCUAGCUCUAACAGUGGGCCCAGUUCUUCCUUCUUUGCAUAGCGUUGGCACGCACAUGGUCCACGCUUUUAUUAUUUCCACCUAAGUCCUGUCUGGUGCAGAAAUGGUGAAUGUGUGUCGGGACCGCACUAGCUGUGAAACGCAAGUAGGUACUGCAAUCCCAAAGAAAGGCGCACAAUUCAAGUCCCAGAACUGUGGAUGCAGUUUUACCAGCAGCAACUAUGUGUCUGCCUGGUGCUUUCAGCUCUGUUGCAAGUGUGCUCUCACCAGCCUUCCAGUACACCCUAAUUAUUAUUAUUAUUACUUUUUAGUAUGUCUAAUACCAAAACUCCUAAUAAAAUGUUGGAAAAGGGAAAACAUAUCUCCAAAACCAAACUUGUGGUAUGUUGUUCCUGCAACCAGCCAAAGCCUGAUGGCUAUAAAAGUUAAAUUUGUAGUCUCUGUGCCAAGGAAGCAGCUGAGGAAGCUAAAAAGUCAGAUAUUUCUUCAAUUCUGUCAUGGUUUCAGAACAGUUUACAAUGUACCUUUUUUUGGAUAUUAGGUCAGCUGCUGAUCAAUCAGCCCAAUCCUCUAUGCCUACUGAAACAGUAUUUAAAUCUCCUGGUAAGAGCAAGAAAAGGAAACUGGAAACAGACAGAAUCCAGCUCAGACUCUUCUACAUGCUCAAUUGAGGAUUCUUCAGUCUCUUCAGAUGAAGGAUAUUAUUUUCUUGAUAAGAGUCUACACAGACUUAUGCAAAGAAGUUUAACACCUUAUGGAAAAUAAAGAUUCUGCUAACGAUCAGAAAUCUGUUCAUUGCAAGAAGCUCGGAUCUUAUCCCUUCUGUCCUAAACUGAAGGAACUGAUGCUGAGGGAAUGGAAAUAUCAAUUAAGAAGCCAUUUUAAUUAAUCAUUUUAAAACUAUUUUGCCAUUAAAGGAGAGAACAACAAGAAAUCAUAAGAUCUUCCUAAGGUGGAUGCGCUGAUUGUACAGUUUGGGAAACUGUACUUUUUUUUUUUUUUUUUAACAAGGCUGAAUCAUCUUUACGUAAAUUAUAUGCCACUUAUGCUGCUCAAAGUAAAGCUCUUAUUUCAGGUACAUCAGUGGCUAAAGCUCAACAUAUUUGUCUGUAUUCCCUAAAAAAGAUGUACAUGGGGAAGUCCAAGAAGGAUCCUUUGAAACUUCCACAGAGCAUCAGAAUUGCUUCCGGUUUCCUUUCAGACUCUACUUCUGAAGCUUGUAAGCUGUAAGCUAAAUCUAUGGGCCUCUUCACAGCAGCUAGGCGAACAGUUUGGGUCAGAAAAUGGUCUGCUGACUCUGCAUCGAAACAUUCCUUGUGCGACCUGCCUUUUGUUUAAGGCAGGCUGUUUCGAUCAGAUGGAAUAAGACGUUCUUAUUCUUAUAGAGAUUCUUUUCGCAAACCUAAUACAAGAAGAAAACAGUGAUAGCCAUUUGACUAUAGAAAUAGUCUUUCCCCCUCAACAGCCGGGAGGUGUACGGCGCGCGGGGGGGACGCCACAAAUGGACGCGCUGACCGGACCCGGCUGGGGCCGCGGGGGCACAUCCGGGCGAGCUAUGUAAACUGGACACAGGACAGAAGGACACAGACACUCCACCAUGACCCAACAAGUAUCAGACUACACACACAUCCAGCUGAUCAAACUUAGAAGAGGAGACCGGGAGCUUGUAUAAGCCCUAAAAUACGAGCAACACGAAACCAGGAAACCCCCAGAAAAAAAAACAAAAAACGACACCUGACCGACCACCCCGCAUGAACCCAAUACCACGAAACAUGGCCUGAACCCCAGACGCACAGACAAAGUUACCCGAACCCCAAACAUACACUACACCCAGGUAGGGCACAAGGUUGACUGCUGGACAGUAUACUGGGGGCACACAUUAGCCAGCUGCCUACACAGAGGUGGUGACCAGCAACCUCCGAGCAUCUGAACCCCAUAGUCCACAUACUUAGACACCCUCCCCAAAGCCAUGGGGCAAAACCAUAUGACAAAAGAGACCUGGAGGUACCGGAGAGACAUGUGGGAAACAGAACAGGGCGACAGACACACAAGAGGUAUUAAAGAAUAACGGCAGGCAACAAACCUGCCCGGAACGCUACGAACACCCCUUCACUUAGAAAACACGUAAUGGGUAACUCUACCUCAGAUAAAGUAGCCAGUGUACAAGUUAAACCUGGAUGGAGUACCAAGCGAAAGUCUAUCCAGCUCAGACAAUGAGCCGGGAGUACCGGACGGCUAUCUACAUUAGACACAUUAUAACAACAUAAGUGACAGUAGGUGCCCUCACACUGCGAUCUAUUGAGCAUAUUCCGCACGUCCUACGACAUAAAACACCAAAACGACACACCGAAUGCAAGACUACACAACCUAGUAUGGUGUACCAACGACUAUACUGACCCAGACGCUACCAGUAGGAUGAAAUACUGACCCGACGAUUCACACAACGGGGUAAUUCCGAUAGCCUACCACAGGCAUGAGAUAGAGGUAGUAAGGCAAGGAUACCCCUCAAUGGUGAGAGGUAUCUCAGUUCACUAAGAGUUACGUAUGAGAAGAACGGCCAACUCACACACUCGCUACCCGAUUUAGCCACAUUUAGACUCAAAGAGUGCAAUAAUUGUAUACAAACAUACGAGAAGAACCCACGUACUACUGUAUAACUUUGUCUAUAUGUCAAGGUAUUUCUUUUGUUAUGUUAUGAAAAACCAAUAAAAACAACAUAAAUUUAAAAAAGAAAUAAAGAAAAAAGUAAAUUCAUUGUAUAAUCUAAGGGUUGCAAAUUAUGAUGACAGGAGAGGGAAGACAUCUGGCAUUCGCUAUACAAUGAGGAAAACACUACCACAGACAAUUGGGUCCUUUAUAUCAUAAGAAGAGAAUACCAAGUGAAGUUCAGUGUUCUCCCUCGAUAAUGUUCAUUCUGUCAAGUUGGCUACAGUCCUGUUUGCAGAAGUACAAACUCUUAUAAAGAAAGAUGUCAUAGAAAAUGUUCUUCCCACAGAAUGCUUUUCAGGAACCUACUCAAGACUCUUUUUGGUACAAAAACUAGAUGGUUCUUCCAGGCCUAUCUAAGACCUAAAAUUAGUAAAUAGGUGCAUUAAAAUGAAAAAAUUCUGCAUGGAAGCCAGCAUUUCCACUUAAAAAAAAAACUUCUGUUUCGUCUGUCUUCAGUGCCUUGGGUUUUUACCUAUGUACUGGUGGUCAUCAGAGCUGCAUUACAUAAAGGUCUCCUAAUUAUUCCAUACUUAGACGAUUGGCUCUUCACAGCUUCCUCAAGAGAAAAACUUUUAAACAUAUCAAAAUCCGAGCUGGUCCCCACCAGAAGUAUUCAAUUUUGGGGACUAAUCAUAGAUUCCAUUUGUAUUAAUAAUUUUCUCCCAACAGAAAAAAGAAUGAACAUUGUCAGAUCAAUUGUGGAUCUAGAAACAAAGGAAUUCUGCACAGUAAAAGAAGCAAUGAGGUUGUAGGGUCUUUUUACAUCCACAAUUCCAGCUGUCAACUGGGUCAAGUAAAAAUGCAACCUCUACGGGGGGCGGGGCCUGACCGCCGAGCUGGAUGGACGUGGGGCACCUCAGCUCCUCCAUGAAACCCACAAUCCUAGCCUUAAAAAUAUUUCCUUUCCCCUGAAAAACCACCCAGCUGCAACUAGAAGGCAAAGGGGACCUGUGCACAACUCUCGGUGUACUUACCGGCCUCCGUCCUACCGGCGAUGAAAACUGCUGGGCGGCUGGGAUUGCGGCCUGUCGUGAGGCUCUGGUGGGAGAUGCGGCCGGUCUCCCGUGCUUAGUCCGGCGGGACCUCCCACGCGCUUACAGAGGGCCCCGUUCUCCCCCCCUGUGGGCCGGGGGGUUUAUCCCGGACCCCACCGAGGAGGCAGUGACCACCCACGACUCCUGAGCGGCGAACCGAGCAGCCAGAGACCGCAUGGUGAAAACCAAAAUGGCCGCCGUGUCCAUCACAAGCUGGAGAAUAAUGGCGGCAGCCGUGGAGCAACGAACCGAAAGACACCUACAUGACGCCUCUAAGGAGCGCACAAUCAACCUGCUAACACAACUCAUGCCAGCAUUGUUGAAGGCAACACCUCACAGGGUAACCGGCAGGGACUCACGUGGGACUAUAACCCUAAAUAAGCGCAGAGGCGCAACAGACAAGAGACACAAGCUCCCUUAUUAUACCUGAGUAUACUAUGUCAUACUGUCAUGCAUAGAACUAGUGCAAUUGCGCCUAGCCGGUAGACCCACAUGUACAACAACAAAAUUAUUAAGCAUACCUGCUAACUCAGAGACUUGCUGCUCCCUGGUGGUCAAAAAGCUAAGUUUAAGCAAUGAAGAAAUCUAAAUCAUAUAUUACGUCUAGAUAUACUACGAAGCUACCUGUUAAUCAAAGUAUUAUAUAAAAAUGUGCACGUUACUCAAUAACCUCAAAUGUUAUGUUUGAAAAGUUGCCAGAGGACUGCCGUUGGGGUACCUCGAGCCAAAGUGUAACUGUCUUUAUGCACUGCAAAAAUAAAAAAUUUAAAAAAGAAUUAAAAAAAAAUGCAACCUCUACAAAGAAAUAUUCUGGCAGAAUGGAACAGAGAACUUCCUCUCUGGAUCUGCUUAUGAGGGUUUGGCCUGCCACAAUUAGAAAUUUGUAGUGGAAAACCUCACAGUUUCUGUUGGAGGGUCUUUCAUUUAGAAUGAGAAAUCACAAAAUCAUCACAUGCACCAGUUGUCAGUUAGAGAGCACAUCUAGGAACAUAUGCAACAAAAUGGACAUCUCAAGCUUCCCAGAAAUCAUCAAAUAACAGGGAACAUGCACUUUCAGCCAAUGGAUGAUUCUAAUGUCAAUUCUGUGCAUAUUCUUUGCACAGAGGAUCAUUCAUUCGCUGAAAGUGUUCAGCUGACUCUCUCAGCCAAUGAAUGGCCAUCAGGGAUCGACAUCUAGCUUCUUGCGUUCUGCAGAAGCCAGAUGCAUAUCACCCAGCAUCAAAGAAGGAUUAUUGCCUGACAGUAACCUGGGUAGGAGAGCAAACCAUUGCAGUUUACGUUUUUUUGUUGUUUUUUUUAAAGAUAUUUUGUUUAAACAGUUUAGUUAAUAAUCAUUGAUGUUUAUGCAAAUAUUCAGAUUUUUAUUUCAGUUAAAUAAAACAAUUAAAGUUUUCCAAAUAUGAGUGAUUAACCUAGUUCACCUCUAUCUAUCUAUCUAUCUAUCUAUAUAUAUAUAUAUAUAUAUAUAUAUAUAUAUAUAUAUAUAAAACAAAAGUAUUUAUUAUAACUGUUAAACUAAUCUAAAAAGUUAUUCUAAAAUUUAUAUAUUCAUCCGGUUGGAAAUAUUAAAAUUACAACAACGAGCAAGAAUGAGUCUUUGUUUAUUAUUUAUAUUUAAAUUGAGUCUUACUGAUAAGCGAUUUAAAUAAUAAAUUUAAUACGAUCUACCCUGAUUAUUCUUAAAUUUUCUUUGUUUUGUUCUUUGUUAUACUUUAUUAGUUCCUAUGAAACAAAUAAAAAAACUUGUUUCCAUGAAAUGCAAACUCCAGUGAACCUGCUUCCAGUUUUAAAUGUAAAUUGCAGCAUAUGUAGAGAAUCAGCAGUGGGAAUUAUCCAUGGGAACAAUUUGUCCUCUAAAAGAAUAGUGCUGGUUAUGUUGUGUCAAAAGUGAAACAUUGUUUCAAAAGGAGAACCAUGACUUGCCCACAAGGAUACAAAUUAUAACCCUAUAUUAAAGCUGUGUUAGGAGUGUUCCCACACAUGCUAUUCAGAUAUUUUUCGUCAGCUCCCCCGUCUGACGUCAGCGGAGCGGAAUGAGCACUUCAUUGAGCUGAAGUGGUCUGGGUGACUAUAGUGUCCCUUUAAAGGACUGGAGGCUAGUAGAUGAUGACACGGGGUAGGGAAUUCCAUGGGAUGUGGCAGGCCUUGAAAAAUCCUGCAGAUGAGAGUUGCGAGAACAAAAGGAAAAGGCUGCUCAGAGAGCCAAAGGAAUGAUAAGGGGGUGUAUUUGUUAAGUAAAGAAGAAAUUAAGUGAUGGGUGUUGUUUUUAAGCGCUUUGUAGGUUAGUGUUGGCAGUUUGAAUUGGAUCCUGAAGGACAUUGGCAAAGGGGUGAGAUAUGCCGUUAUUUACGGAGAUGAUCCUCGCUGGAGCAUUCAUUACAGGCUGAAGAGAGGCAAUGAGUAGUGGGUUGCAAUAACCAAGUGGGGAAAUGAUGAGUGCAUGACUCACAUCAUAAAUUGAGAAAGCUAACCUAUCUCCUCAAUAGAGCUAUGUAAUGGAACACCGCAGUGCUUCUAAAUAGCUCUAAGCUACACAAAUUAACCAGUAACUCUGGACUAGUGGGGUUGUCUGUCCCAUUGUCUGUCCCAUUCAGCUGUGCUGAAGGCAGAAUAAAAUCGCAUGCCCGGUAUCUAGAAACACAAGCCCAGGUCUUGGGUAAAAGGAAUUUUACAACCCUGCAUUUACAGGAAAAUAGAACGUUUCAUUUUAACAAAAAAAAUUAUAGGUGAUUUUCCAAUAUUGUUUUCAAUUAUGUAAUUUUCAGAAGUGUAACAGUUCCCUUUUAAUACCAACAGAUUUAUGGCAAUUGUUUUAACUACCAGAUUUGCAAAUCUUAUGUAUGUUGUAGAUGCCUUUUGAUUACCAAAAGUUAAUGUAUAUGUCUAUCUCUCUACAGAAACAAGCCUGCAUGGUAAUCAGGAACUUGGUCUCCAGGAAUAGUGAUUUCUGUCAAUCUAUAUUGGAAAUGGGAGCAGAAUCUCUGAUAGUAAAAGCCCGCAGCACACACAAAGACUGCGAUGACGUGGCCAAAGCAGCUCUGAGAGACCUCGGCUGUAAUGUGGACUUACGAGAACUAUGGACUGGAGAAAAAGGAAGUUUGGCACAAUAA